GAAAAAGACAAACUCUAGAUCAAAGCUCAGUGGACAGCUUGGCUACGAGUGAGGAUUUCAAAUGGAGUCAGCAGUUUCACAAAUUCUUCGAACUGCAGCACCACUAACCAGCUUCACCACUGCCCUGGAUGACACCACAGAAGCAAACACGACUCGCGCAGAAACAAAUGCCUCUUGUGAAUUUUCAAAGAUCCCCUCUCACCCUGUUUUCAUAUUUGCAUAUUCAUUACUGUUUCUCGUCAGUCUGGUGCUUAACUGCGUCACAAUGCGGGUGUAUUUCUGCACCAAUCAGCGUGUCCAGUCCAGCGUAACAGUCUACAUGAAGAACCUGGCCGCAGCUGACUUCUUCCUUUGCCUUUGUUUGCCUUUGCGCAUUGCUAACUAUGCCAACAGUUCAGAUAUAAUGCGUGAUAUUUACUGCAGCUUUGGAGCAACAGCAUUCUAUAUAAACAUGUAUGCAAGCAUCCUCUUCAUGGACUUUAUUGCUGUAAACAGGUACCUGAAGAUUGUCCGGCCGUUGGAGACUCAUGCUCUGCAGACGGUUCGUACCGCUCGACACAUUUCCAUAGGAACGUGGCUUUCCCUGUUAGCCAUGUCUUCCAUUUACUUGAUCCUCUUCCUCCUGACCUCUUGGGGUAAUGUUCACAAGCCUGAGAAACGCGGCUGCGAGGCCUUACACAGUCCCCUGCUCAGUCUGGUCUACAAAGUCACUCACAGUGUGUCUAUGGCGCUCUUCACUUUUGUGCUGGUGUCUCUGAUUGCUUUGUACUGGGGGACUUUGCAAAAGAUCAAACAAGCUCAGUUGUCCACACAGACCACAUCCAGAAGCCAUAAAUUCAGGAAAUCGAAGCGCAACAUGCUGGUGCUCGUGGUGGUUUUUUGUGUGUGCUUUGUGCCCUACCAUUUGGUUAGGCUGCCUUAUGCAUUCUUCAAACCUCAGACGAAACUCUGCACGGCGCAGGCGUUCUACGUCCUGAAGGAGCUGACUGUCCUGCUAUCGGUGCUCAAUGCCUGUCUGGAUCCACUUAUAUACUUUAUCUUCUGCAAAGCCUUCAGAGCUCAGCUAAGCCUCAGGAAGAUGUCAGAUUCUCCGAGAGACAGCGACGAUAAAAGCCAGCAAAGAAGAAUGAGCAACAUGUUGAGUUACCUUGAGACAAAGAUAUCCACGUUACGACGUGGAAGUGUCAUUUAAUACAAAACUUCCCUGGAGGGAUUUCAAUUUGUCUUACUAACAACGAAACAAACUGUGCGAUGUAGAUGACGGCUCAUUACAUCUAACGCAGUGUAAUA